GAAAGUGCUUAGUCUCAUUUUUAUGACUAUCACGCAAGGGAAGGUAUGACUGAUCUGCAAAAAUAUUUCUCUGUGGCUGGAAAUAUAUAUAUCUACUCUAUCUAUUCUAUAUAUUCCCAUAUCAUGAUCAUACCCUGACUAUUGGAAAAGUCCAGUGAUAUUAACAAAGACGCCAAUUGACACACCAAUUGACCUCAAGUGCCACCCAGCGACGACGACAACGACGCCAUGGCUUCAACUGAACCCCAACAACAACCCUCUCUCAUAUCAGCCACCCUCCCUGGGGAAACCACCCCCGAUGUCACCGACGCCGAGAAGCAGUCUCCCAAGGCGCGCUCCUCAUGGCUCACAGAGCUCAAACGCGACGUCAACCUGAACCACACCGACAUCCCCGUCAUCGCCUCGUGCUUCUCCUCCGGUCUCUGCGACAGCAGCGCCUUCAACGCCUGGAACACCUUCGUGAGCAUGCAAACCGGUAACACCAUCAUCCUCGCCCUCGGCGCCUCUGGCCAACCCGUCUCCCAACCUUACAUCUGGCUCAAAUCCCUAACAGCCAUCGUCUUCUUCCUCAUCGGCUGCUACUUCUUCGCGCAGUCGCGGCGCAUCCACCCACACCGGCGCUUCACCCUCGCCGCCUCCUUCCUCGUGCAAGCGAUCCUGAUCUUCGUCGCCGCGGCCCUAGUCCAGCGACACGUCGUUCCCUCGCCCUCUGGCUACCACGAGCUCGACCCCGGGCGCGUAGCCUUCAUCGAACUCCUCCCCAUUGGCUUCCUCGCGUUCCAGAGCGGGGGACAGAUCGUGACGAGUCGGACGCUGGGGAUUAAUGAGGUGCCGACGACGGUGUUGACGAGCUUGUUUUGCGAUUUGAUGAGUGAUCCGCAUAUGCUGGCGAGGGAUAAUGUGAAGAGGAAUCGGAGGGUGGCGUCGGCGGUGACGUUGUUGUUGGGGGGGAUUAUUGGGGGGUGGUUGAGUAGGAGUAGUGUGGGGAUGUCGGCGGCGUUGUGGUUGGCGGGGGGGGUGAAGGUGGGGAUUGCGGUGGGGUGGGCGGUGUGGAGGGCGAAGGAGGAGGUUCCGGUUUGAAGGGGUGGUGUUGCGGUUUGAUAGGAGAGAGUACCUAUUUGAUGAGAGUGGUUGCGGCUUGAAGGGAGAGUAUUUCGGUUUGAUGAGAGAGGAUUCCGGUUUGAAGGGAGAGUAGAGCGAUAUAUACCCAUACCCUUAAUUAUAGACGGCAUUAGACGAAUUGGCCCUGGACAUUUUCUAUCUUCUAUCUUCGUCGUGGUGCCCAUACCUUUCUUCCUUCUGUGGGCAAGUUCCCUGUUCCAAGUUCAUUGUGUGUGUUGAUGGGUUCUUCAUGUAUUUUGGUCUUCGUGUUGAUGGGUCCAUCAG